ACAAUUAAGAAUUUAAUGACUGUGGCAGAUUUUUUGCACUUUGCAUUUCAUAUCUCAGGAUUUCUUUAUUUCCGACAACACGUGAAUGUAGCACACGUUCAGGUGACGCUGAGUGCAAAAAAAAAAAAAAAAAAAAAACCUGGCGCGGUUUAAAUGCGCCGCCCGCGGAUCCACCGUCAGCUCCGUGCGCACGAGCUCGCGGCGGGUCAGUCACUAAACGCGGGACUUUCGGUGGUGUGUGUGUGUGUGUGUGUGUGUGAGAGAGAGAGAGAGAGAGAGAGAGAGAGAGAGAGAAAGAGGGAGAGAAAGAGGGAAAACGCCAACAUGAAUAAGUUUGGUUCGUUCAAUAACUUCGCGAAGCGCCUGAAGCCGGCGCGUACCGGCGCGGCUCCGGGUGAGCAGGUGUGCAUGGUGGAGUGCGCGCCCCCGUGUCCGUGCAGCGCGUCCCCGCCGUGCGUCUGUCCAUCCUCAAGAGCAGCAGACAGACUGGAGCAAGUGAAGGAAAAUGGAGGUCCGUGUGGGACAGGAGCCUCCAACAAUCACGCCUUCGAUAAUCUUGCCUAUAUGGCAGGAAGUCUCAGUGAACUUCGACCAAAUGGUGGCCACAUUUCUCGACUAAUUCUAACUCUAACUCGCGACCCUUCUUGCCCAGACAGCACUCACGCCCUCCAGACACGUCUCUCUGCGCUUUGCGGUGUAACCGAUGUGUUUAUUCCCCAGUCUGGUGGCCAAGCAUGGGUAGGCUACCAUCCAUCUACAGUUACCGCCAAAGAGAUCCUACAGGAGAUUCAGAGGAUGGGAUAUGGAGUGAGAGAAGUGACUGAUGCGCCACAACCUGGAGAGCUAGCUCAGGAAGGGAGCUUGGUAAGGAUCAGAGUGGAAGGGAUGACUUGCCACUCAUGCGUACGCUCCAUCGAGGACCGGAUUGGAGCACUGCAAGGGGUUAAGGGUGUGAACAUAUCUUUAAGUGACAAGGAAGCUGUUAUAUGGUAUAACGCCAAACAAGUGAAGCCAGAAGAUCUAAGGGAACACAUACAAGACAUGGGCUUUGAUGCCUCUCUAAAUCAGACAGACUCAAGCUAUAUUUUUCCGAAGAUGGCACAAUCCGAAUGGGUGGAGGCGAGAUUUGGUGUGGAAGGGAUGCAUUGUGGGUCAUGUGUCAAAAAUAUUACAGAGAGCUUAUCUGGAAUGCUGGGUGUCCAGGGUGUGUUGGUGUCUUUGGAAAGCAGAAGUGUGGAUUUGAAAUAUGAUCCGUCUCUGGUUACCUUGGUCACAAUCAAAGCAGUAAUAGAGGAACUUCCUUUUGGGAACUUCAGAGUAACUCCAGAAUUCCACGAACAGAUUUCCAGGACUAAUGGGUUUGUGCACUCUCAGAUAUCUGGGUUCCAUUCCUUGGACAGCGCUUCACUCCAGAAAGUGAUGAUUAUAAUAAAAGGCAUGACAUGUAACUCUUGUGCGCAGUCCAUAGAGGAAGUGAUAUCCCAGACAACUGGUGUGCAUGCUAUCACAGUCUAUCUAAAGGAACAGAAGGGAAUAAUUACAUUUGACCCUAGAGUGACUCGUCCUGCAGAACUCAGGGACGCCAUUGAAGACAUGGGAUUUGAGGCGUCCAUUGAACAAGAUUCUGCCUUUAACGACGUCUUGCACAGUAGACAGGCAUCACAAAAAAGCACAUCCUCACACCUCAAGAACACGACUCCACCAAGAACUAGACCUAUGCCUCAGACCCCCAAAUCCUCAGUCACUUCAACAAGAAUUGAGGUUCCUGAAGAGGAAAAGACACAGAAAUGUUUUGUCCAGGUCACAGGGAUGACCUGCGCUUCAUGCAUAGCCAACAUCGAGAGAAAGCUGCUCAAGCAUGCAGGUAUUAAAUCUGUCGUCGUAGCCCUGAUGGCAGGUAAAGCUGAAAUCAGGUAUGACCCAGAGAAUGUGGAUUCAGCACAGAUAGUUAAUCUCAUCGCUGGACUGGGAUUUGGAGCUUCUCUAAUGGACGAGGGUGCAGCCAGCAAUGGCCUUCUAGACCUUUCAGUGACUGGCAUGACAUGUGCUUCCUGUGUCCAUAACAUCGAAACCAAACUCCACACAACAAAUGGCAUUCUGGAGGCCACUGUUGCCUUGGCAACCAGCAAGGCUCGCAUUAAGUUCGAUCCUGAAGUGGUCGGGGCACGUGACAUCAUCCGAGUUAUCGAGGGUCUUGGGUUUGGCGUGUCCUUGAUCAGGAAUGAUGCUUUAAGGAAAAAUGAUGGCUUGGAUCACCAGGAGGAGAUACGACUUUGGCGUCAAUCUUUCCUGUUCAAUCUGCUGUUCGGGAUCCCUGUCAUGGGUCUGAUGAUCUACAUGAUGGUGAUGGACAAGCAGCAUGGAGAACAUGGAGGAUCUAUGCCAGAAAUGCAGAAUGUGCUGCCUGGACUCUCGCUCCUCAACCUGAUCUUUUUCUUGCUCUGUACCCCAGUCCAGAUCUUUGGAGGUCGAUACUUCUAUAUCCAAGCCUAUCGUUCUCUGAGACACGGUGUGGCAAACAUGGACGUGCUCAUCGUUCUGGCCACCACUAUUGCUUACGUUUACUCGUGUGUGGUGCUGGUUGUAGCUAUGAGCGAGGGGGCCAAGCAAAGUCCGGUCACUUUUUUCGACACGCCUCCCAUGCUGUUUGUUUUCAUUGCCCUUGGACGCUGGCUGGAGCACAUUGCCAAGAGUAAGACGUCAAAGGCUCUGGCCAAACUCAUGUCUCUGCAGGCCACAGAUGCGACUGUAGUGACUCUGGGCCAUGACAACUCCAUCAUGAGUGAGGAGCAGAUCUCAGUGGAGCUGGUGCAGAGAGGAGACGUGGUUAAAGUGGCACCUGGUGGGAAGUUUCCUGUCGAUGGCAAAGUGAUCGAGGGAAACUCCAUGGCUGAUGAAUCUCUGAUCACAGGAGAGCCCAUGCCAGUCAGGAAGAAGCCUGGCAGCUGUGUGAUCGCUGGCUCGAUUAACGCUCAUGGAGCACUGCUAGUCGAGGCCACACAUGUAGGAGCAGAUACCACACUCAGCCAGAUCGUCCGUCUGGUGGAGGAGGCACAGACGUCCAAGGCACCAAUCCAGCAAUUUGCAGACAAGCUGAGCGGAUACUUUGUUCCUUUCAUUGUGUUUGUCUCCGUGGCAACACUGGCAGUGUGGCUCAUUAUUGGGACUUUUGACUUUGACAUCGUGGCGAAGUAUUUUCCCGACUAUGAUAAGAAUAUUUCCCGGACGGACGUGGUGGUGCGUUUUGCCUUCCAGGCCUCCAUCACCGUUUUGUCUAUUGCCUGCCCCUGCUCUCUCGGUCUGGCGACCCCCACAGCGGUGAUGGUGGGCACUGGGGUUGGGGCACAGAAUGGCAUUCUUAUCAAGGGUGGAGAGCCGCUGGAGAUGGCCCACAAGAUCAGAGCGGUGAUGUUCGACAAAACAGGCACCAUCACUAACGGGGUUCCUCGGGUCACCAGGGUGCUGGUUCUGUGGGAUCAGGCACGUUUGCCUCUUCGGAAAGUUCUAGCCGUAGUGGGCACUGCAGAGGCCAGCAGUGAACACCCACUGGGCAUGGCAGUCUCCAAACACUGCAAAGAGGAGCUUGGCACAGAGACACUGGGCUUCUGCCAUGACUUCCAGGCAGUACCAGGGUGUGGGAUUAGCUGUAGAGUUUCCAACAUCGAGGAGCUCCUGCAGACCAGCACAGAGACAGACGGCACACAAACACAGACACGCACACACAACCCGACCUGUCUCACACUCCAGGGAGCCACGACCGAUGAGAGUAGCUUAGUCACAGAUGGAGACGAGCGUUCAGGAUCUCCCACAUAUUCUGUCCUGAUCGGAAACAGGCAGUGGAUGCAGAGGAACGGAUUACAGGUCACAGCCGACGUGGAUGAAGCCAUGAGCAGCCAUGAGACGAAAGGACAAACGGCCAUUUUAGUGGCUAUAGAUGGAGUGCUGUGUGCAAUGCUGGCUAUAGCAGACACAGUGAAAGAGGAGUCGGCUCUGGCAGUACACACACUGAGCCGGAUGGGGAUAGACGUUCUGAUGAUCACCGGAGACAACCGUCGCACUGCUAAAGCCAUCGCCACACAGGUUGGCAUCAGGAAAGUGUUUGCGGAGGUCUUGCCCUCUCACAAGGUAGCUAAAGUGCAGGAGCUGCAGGAAAAAGGGCUGAAGGUGGCCAUGGUGGGUGACGGGGUCAACGACUCGCCCGCUCUCGCCCGCGCUGAUCUGGGCAUCGCCAUCGGCACAGGCACUGACGUGGCCAUCGAGGCGGCUGAUAUAGUCCUCAUCCGGAAUGAUCUGCUGGACGUGGUGGCCAGCAUUGAGCUGUCCAAGAAGACGGUGUGGAGGAUCCGAAUCAACUUUAUGUUUGCUCUCAUUUAUAACCUGCUUGGGAUACCGAUCGCAGCCGGUGUGUUUAUGCCUGUGGGUCUGGUGCUCCAGCCGUGGAUGGGUUCAGCUGCCAUGGCUGCUUCCUCCGUCUCUGUGCUGCUCUCCUCUUUACUGCUGCGCUGCUACAAGAAAACGUCAGUGGAUCAGUACGAAUCGAGAGCUCACGGGCGCAUGUGCAGUCUGAGGUCGUCUCAGGUCAGCACUCAUGUGGGGUUGGAGGAGAGGCGAUGCAGCCCUCGAACCCUUCGCCGCAGUCGCUCCAGACUCAGCCAGAUCUCUCGAUCUCCAUCUCAAACCUCCAGAACCGAUCGAGCGCAUGCAGAGCCGGAUCGCCACUCGCUACUGGAGCACGACCAGUGCGGCCGGGAAUUCACAGUAUAGGAGGCCAGAGUUUACAAACUGUCAUUAUAGGUCUACAGCUUAGGCACAUCUCUAUUUAUUGUAAAACCGAUACAGAUCUCAGAUCAGUGCAUCCAUUCAGAGAUACGGGGUGAAUACAAACCCUGUGCUUUUUAUGCAGUAAAAUAAGGACAGCAGAGAAAGAAAGUAUUUAAACUCCAUCAACCUGGCCCUCCUGCUGGCAGGAUAAGGCCUCUGUUCUUUAAAGAGCAUCACUGCUUCAUAGCUGUGACAAACUAAAUAUAUCAAGCUUACUAGCAAAGUACAGUUAGUCUAUGGGCUCUUUUUCUUUUCAUUGUCAUGUAAAUGUGUACAAAAAAAAAAAAAGCAGAAUUUUGUCUUGCUGCCUGGUACAUUACCCUCUCAGUUGUUAAGUAUUUUAAAGGUUUGUGUGUGUAAAAACAUGUACAGACUUGAUCACACUUAGGAACACACACUUAUUAACAUGGUUUAUGGAGGAAUGUGUGUUCAAAUAAACAAAAUACCUGUCUGUACAUGUCUGUUUUCCACCUAAAAGUGCGAAAUACAGGACAGUGUUGCUGUGCUCUCUGGCUGGGAAGAGGGGAGAUAGCACUUUCUUCUGAGCGUGUUACGCUGCCCAGUGAUGCAGCAUUAGCAGAACAGAUGUUUGAAAAGAUGCAGUUUUUCAUGUGUCAGCAAGUGCACCUGUACGUAACUAAUUUAAUUUGCAUUCAGACUGUAUUCAUAUUGUAUUUUUGAACAGUCUUGAUGUGUGUCACAACCUUUAAUCUGAUUAUACUUGACCCAUAAUAACACAGAUAUAAAAAUCCACACGUUUGAAGUUUGAUCGGUCCAGAAGAUUUGAUCGGUCCAGAUGAGUAAUGUAGGAUUCUUGACAACAGAACUGGUAAUGGUUAAGUGUCCCAGUUCAAAAAUAGAGGGGGUAAAACAAGGGGAGUAAUGGACAGAUCACGCGUUAAAAUUUGUCAGAGCUGAACCUGGCAAAAACUGAGCAUGCUCACAAACAAAACUUACAGGUUCAGUGUAUGUGUUUAGAUGGAAAAUACUUAUUUUAUCCACUAUACUGCACUGUACUGUACCACACUGUACUAUACUGUAUUAUACUAUGCUAUGCUAUGCUAUACCGUAAUUAAACAAUUUUAUCUACUACACUGAAGUAAAAUAUAUUUUAAAAUAUAAUAUCAAUUUUAUCUACUAUACAUACUAUACUAUACAUUACUAAUUUUUAUCUACUAUAGCAUAUCUAUUUUAAAUAGUAUACUAUACUAUACAGUGUUAUACCAAUUUUAUUAACUAUACCUAUUUAAUCUACUCAAAUCUACUACACUAUAACUAUUUUAACUACUAUACUGUAGUAAAGUACAAUGUACUUAUUUUAUCUAAUAUACUAUACAGUCCCUAUGUUAUCUCCUAUCUCUCCUGUACUGGUCUGUCUCCCUGGCUGUGAGUAUUGCAAUAAAGCAAAUAUUUCAUU